AUGGAUGUGUUACCAAAUCUGUUUGAGACUUGGGAGCUGGCUGAUGUAAAGUAUGCUUUCUACAAGUCUGAGAGGUUCAUCGAACAUGUGCAAUGGAUUCCGAAUAAUCACUACUCAAGACAUUUUGGUUUGAUCAAGCUAUUGUUGGCCCAUAUUUUGCCGAGGACUUUGGAGCGGAUUCUGCUCCUCGACACUGAUCUACUAAUCGUUGGUUCAAUCGAUGAUUUAAUUGAGGACUUUGACAACCUUAAAAAUGGCAGGAUCUAUGGCCUAGCCGAGAAUCUGUCGCGCUGGUAUACCACUGAAGAUCCGGUGCACCACGUUUGGCCAGCGCUUGGCUCCGGCUUCAACACCGGCGUGGCCCUUGUAAAUCUCGCUCAGAUGCGUCGCGUCGAUUGGAAUCGCAUCUGGCGUAGCGUGGCCGAGACGAAUUUGCGGAAUUUUGGCAAAACCAUGCUGGCAGAUCAGGAUAUUUUGAACGCGAUCUUUGUCGACUUCCCAGAGUACGUCCACAAAAUUCCGUGUCGCUACAACGUACAGCUCGGCUUGAACUCGCAGCCAGAGCUGUGCAGAGCGAACUUGAGCGACUUCAAGGUAAGGUUAAAAUAUUUAUUAAUUCGUUUG